GAGAGAGAGAGAGGGGAGAAGUGAAACCUGUCUCGUGAAGAAGCAGGUGAAGAGGGGAAAGAAAACGAAGAAAAUAUAAAAGAGCUCUCUCUCUUUUUUCUUUCUCUUUCCUUCUUCUUCCUUUCUUCUGUAAAAACCCUUUUCUUUCUCUCUCUCAAGACGCUUCUAACACUCACAUUCAUUCUUUGCUUCUUCCUUUUAUAUCACGAGAUCCCCAUCUCUUUCUCUCUAUCUCUCUCUCUGUGUUUUCGUUCAUGUAUUCUUCAAAGCUUCUUCUUCUGACUCUCUAUCUGUAUAUUGUUCGUACUUUCAUUCACGCACAUUGCUGAGAAAGAGGAAGGGAGAUAGAGAGUGAGAGGAGAAGAAAAGGGGAGUUUUUUUUUUUUUGAGAGACAGAGAGGGGCAAAGUUUUUUGAAAAUUUGGAGCUUUGGGUUUUGUUUGGUUUGUGGGAAAAUGUCGCAUUCCGGGAAGCCCAUUUCGGAGCCGGGGCUCGACGCGCUCAACGAUCGCUUCCGGGACUCGCUGAGUUGCGAGGUUAAUAAGCCUGAUUUCCGAGAGCUCGAUCUGGGCUCGCCGGUUUCGCCUCUCCGGAUCCGGCAUGCCGGACCCACCAGCAGUGGACUCACCGCCACUACCACCACCACCACCACCACCACUAGUAGUAGCUCCAGCUCGUCUGGAUCGUUAUCCGGCCGAAACGGCCAGAACCAGCCCGCGAAAAGACCCGACUCCGGCCCCAACAACCACUCCGGGGAGCUCUCCGGGUCCAGCGAGAGCAGUCCCACGGCCGGUGACAGUCUCCGAUCCAGCGCAACCGCCCGUAAUUUCAAACCGGGUCAUAACAGAUCCGAUUCCGGAUCCACACCCCCGCUAAUAUACUCGGGUCAGAGCCAUGCUCAAAUCCAAAGCUCCGUGAAUUCACCGCUGCUAAAUGUCCUUCCCACCGGCAACAUCUGCCCGUCCGGGAAAAUCCUCAAAACGGGUAUGGCUCAGAACCGGAGCUCCAGAACCGACGUGUUAGGAUCCGGGUCGGGCAAUUACGGGCACGGGAGCAUAAUGCGGGGCGGUGUGAGUCCCAAGGAGUCGGCAAACGCUAACGCAAAUGCAAGUCCCACAACCAUGCGGUCGAGCGGUGGCGGAGAGUAUGUGAGGAAAGUAAUGGUGGGUGCGGAUUCGGAGGAGGUGAAGAGGGCAGGGAACGAGCAGUACAAAAGGGGCCAUUUUGGGGAGGCAUUGAGAUUGUACGAUCGGGCAAUUGCGCUUUCGCCUGGCAAUGCAGCGUACCGGAGCAACCGCGCGGCAGCAUUGACGGGUUUAGGGAGGCUUGGGGAGGCGGUGAGGGAGUGCGAGGAGGCGGUGAGGUUGGAUCCCAAUUAUGGGAGGGCUCACCAUCGCUUGGCAUCUCUUUUUCUUAGGUUAGGGCAGGUUGAGAAUGCCAGGAGGCACCUUUGUAUUCCAGGAGUGCAGCUAGAUCCGGCAGAGUUGCAGAAGUUGCAGGCAGUAGAGAAGCAUUUAAACAAAUGCACAGAUGCCCGGAGGAUUAAUGAUUGGAAGAGUGCUUUGAGGGAAGGUGAUGCUGCCAUUGCUGCUGGAGCUGAUUUUUCUCCACAGCUCUUUAUGUGUAGAACGGAAGCCCUUUUAAAGCUCCACCAAAUUGAUGAUGCAGAAUCAAGCCUAUCAAAUAUUCCCAAACUAGAACCAUCUACCACCUGCUCACAGAGUAGAUUCUUUGGGAUGCUUUCUGAAGCUUAUCUAUACUUUGUCCAAGCUCAGAUUGAGAUGGCAUUGGGAAGGUUUGAGAAUGCAGUUACAGCUGCUGAGAAAGCUGGGCAGAUUGAUGCCCGGAAUGUUGAAGUUGCAGUGAUGCUUAAAAAUGUUAAGUUGGUGUCAAGAGCUCGUGCGCGUGGCAAUGAUCUCUUCAAAUCUGAGAGGUUCACUGAAGCUUGCUCUGCAUAUGGUGAAGGUCUCAGGCUUGACCCUUCCAAUUCUCUUCUUUACUGCAAUAGGGCAGCUUGUUGGUUUAAGCUUGGGCUGUGGGAGCGAUCCGUUGAGGACUGCAACCAUGCCUUAAGCAUCCAACCUACUUACACAAAAGCCCUUCUUCGAAGGGCUGCCUCAAACAGCAAGUUGGAAAGGUGGGUGGACGCUGUGAGAGAUUAUGAGGUCUUGAGGAUGGAACUUCCUGAUGACAAUGAAGUUGCAGAAUCAUUAUUCCAUGCUCAAGUCGCAUUGAAGAAAUCCCGUGGGGAAGAAGUUUAUAAUAUGAAGUUUGGUGGCGAAGUGGAGGAAGUAUCAGGUCAUGAGCAGUUCAGAGCUGCAAUAUCUCUACCAGGCGUGUCGGUUGUUCAUUUCAACGCGGCCUCUGACUUGCAAUGCAAGCAAAUAUCUCCUUUCGUGGACACAUUAUGCAGCCGCUACCCAUCCAUUAAUUUCCUCAAGGUGGAUAUUGAAGAGAGCCCAACAGUGGCAAGUGCUGAGAAUGUGAGGUUUGUUCCGACCUUCAAGAUUUACAAAAAUGGUGUCCGGGUGAAGGAGAUUGUGCGCCCAAGUCGUGAUGUGCUAGAACAUUCGGUGAGGCAUUACAGCUUUUAGAACAAAAUUGUCUCUUUAACUGUACUGCUUCUCUGCCCAUUUUGCAUAUUUUCUUCUUGCUGCCCAAAAUCCCCCCAGUUUCAUUGGAACUCUUCCAAUCCAUCUUCCCCACCGUAUAAGGUUUACAGAUACCUGUGUCAUAAUCAGAAGAACAAAAUAAUAUUAUCAUUAGCAGCCAAUGCCAGUGGAACCCAGAGAAAAAUAGCUUAGUUCCUUUUGCAGUUUUUAUUUAUUCAUUCAUUCCUCAUUGCCCUCUGGUUCCAUUUUCUUCCUCCCAACAACCCCUAUGUAUUUUUGUUUUUCUUCUUUUGAUUUUCGGAUCAUUUCUUUUUUCACUUUCAUUUAGGCCAGCCCCCCCGUUCUUGUUUUCCCACUUUCACCCAGAGAAAAACAUUGAAAGUAUGUAAAAUUUAAUUAAAUUCUAGAGAGAGAGAGAGAGAGAGAGAGAGGUGGCUGGCUGGUAGAAGAGGAUCUCUGUACAUGUAUAUAUGUGAUGAUAUAUACAAAAACAAAAAAAAACAAAAAAAAAAAAGAAUUGGAAGCCAUGAGAGGGAGAUUGGAUGGAUGUGUGGUGGGUACUUACUGGGUUAGAGAAAGAAGGAUGAAUAUGAUGUUGUUAUUAUUAUUAUUAUUAUUAUUAUUAUUAUUGUUGUUGUUGUUGUUUCUUCUCCUAAACAAUUCCAUCAAUAAAAAAAUUCCCAAUUUUUCCCCUACAA